UAAAGUUGGCUGGCAACCUCAGCGAAACAAACCCGAGGAAGAAAAGAAACGCUCUUUAUGCACUAUUGCUGACUGUGUUAACUCUUCCUUUGAUAAUGGCCCGAACCGUGUGGCUAUUUUUGUUUUAAUCGGCUCUUUGCUUUCACGGAUAGAUACUUGCCAUCAUAUCCAAGCAAUUUAACGUUGAAAUGCUUAGCACGAUAACUUGAGUGACAUAUUGGCUAACUGACGAUAUCUACCUUGGCUAGCUGCUAGCAAGCUAGCCGUGUGUUGAUUGAACGAACCGGUCAGGCCUACUGGAUCCUCGGUCUUUAGUGUGGAGGCUCUACCGAAGACGAAUUCACCAACAUUAAUCGGUUUUCCUCCGCUGUAUUUUGUUCUUGGGAGUUUCUCAGAUUCAAAAACAACAAAGUACCCGAGAAAAGAUGGAGGCUCCUCCUGUCACUGUGAUGCCAGUCACCGGAGGCACAAUCAAUAUGAUGGAGUACCUGCUGCAAGGCAGUGUGUUAGAUCAGGCUCUGGAAAGCCUCUUACAUCGCCUCCGAGGUCUGUGUGACAACAUGGAACCUGAGACCUUUACAGAUCAUGAACUGGUUUAUCUUCUGAAAGGCCAACAAGGCAACCCUUUCAUUCUGCGUGCCCGACGCUCCCUCUCACACCCCACAGCCCCAUGGCACCUACGCUACCUGGGCCAACCUGAAGUGGGAGACAAGAGCCGCCAUGCCCUGGUACGCAACUGUGUUGACGUGGCUGCCUCUCACAGCCUGCCAGAGUUCCUAAAUGAGAUGGGCUUCCGCAUGGACCAUGAGUUUGUGGCAAACGGACAUAUAUUCCGAAAAGGUGCAAUGAAAGUUGUGGUCAGCAAGCUGUCACGCAUCCUAGUACCAGGAAACACGGAGAACAUAGAGCGCCUAUCCCUUUCAUACUUGGUGGAGCUGAGUGUGUUGGCUCCCGCUGGCCAGGACAAUGUGUCAGAGGACAUGCGCAGCUUUGCUGAGCAACUCAAGCCCCUGGUCCACCUGGAGAAGAUCGACCCGAGCAAACAGAGACAUUAAAUGACACAAUUAAUAGGGUUGACUCCUCUCUGUCUACCAUGGACAAAU